GAGAAGGGGAAAAAAUCAAAAGAGGGAAAGCACAUUAGACCAUGCGAGCUAAAUUUGCGAUCGUUCAAAAUCAGGAUGUUAGAUUAAUGCAGAAGACCACUUCGAUCCACAGGGAAAGUUUUCAUCUCACGAGUUUGGAGCAGAGGGCCCGUGGGGCAACAUGGCCGAAGCAGGGGCGAGUAAAGGUGGAGACGAGCCCGGGAAGUUGCCGGAGCAGGAGGAAGAGGAGGAAUCCCAGGUUUUGCACGGAACCGGCCACUGCAAAUGGUUCAAUGUGAGAAUGGGAUUCGGGUUCAUCUCCAUGAGCAACCGAGAGGGAAGCCCCUUGGAGUCUCCGGUUGAUGUCUUUGUACACCAAAGCAAGCUUUACAUGGAAGGAUUUAGAAGCCUAAAAGAAGGAGAACCAGUGGAAUUUACUUUUAAGAAAUCUUCCAAAGGCCUUGAAUCAAUACGGGUAACAGGCCCUGGUGGGAGCCACUGUUUAGGAAGUGAAAGACGACCCAAAGGGAAGACAGUACAAAAAAGAAAACCAAAGGGAGAUAGAUGCUACAACUGUGGUGGCCUUGACCACCACGCUAAAGAAUGUAGUCUACCUCCACAGCCAAAGAAGUGCCAUUACUGUCAGAGCAUCAUGCACAUGGUGGCUAACUGCCCCCAUAAAACUGUCUUGCAGCAGCCCACUAGUUCUCAGGGAAGACACGAAGCUGAACCGCAGCCUUCCACUUCUGCUUCUUUCCUGAGAGAAGGGGGAGGAACGCACGGCUACUCGUCUCCAUCAUACUCUCAGGAGGGCAGGUCAGAGAUCUCGGAGCGCUCGGGCAGGUCACCACAGGAAGCCUCAUCGAGUAAGUUGUCUGCGUCGCCCGAAGAACCGAGCAGAAAGGGGCCUUCUGUUCAGAAAAGAAAAAAAACUUAAAGCAUUUGUCGUAACUUUCAAUUUUCUUUAUCCUCUUGGGAUGUCUACCUCAUGCAAGUACAGGGGAAAUAAUUUCAUUAUCAGUAGCUGACCUGGAAUUUUAACUACUGUUGAGGAACUGUGAAUUUUUGUUCUUUAAUAGACAAAUCACUCCAAGCAAAAUACAUUUGAGCAGGGUGCAUUACGUUUUACCUUCUGUAUGUGUGUGUAUGAGUGUGCACGCGCGUGUGUGUAUGUGUACAUAUCUAUAAAUAUAUAUUUUUUUCCAUCAGACCACUCUUCAGCUCCCACAAGACAUUACUGUGAAGCAAUAGGCACAGUACCCACAAAUGUUCCUGAACUCAUUCCUAGAACCUGUUUCUAAACAUGUUGAAAAAACAAACAAGAGAACCCGAGAAAUCUCACUCAGAAACAAACCAGACCUGAUAAACCACACAGAGAACCGAGAUCAAGACUGUUACUUCUCUUGUGAACCAAAGGAUACGUUCAUAUUUUAAGGCUGCCAUAUGGUACUAAAGAUACUAAGACAUCCCCCAUACCAUCAAUUGGAGUUACUUUCUUUCUGAUCGCCACAAAAUAUCAAAACCCCGUCCCUCCCUGUGCCCGUGCAGGGCAGUGUCAUGACUCAACACGGCUCUCAUUGCCACCAUCCCUUGUUGGUGAGGAGUUUAAAGCUCCAGAAAAAGACAAUGAAUGUGUAGUUUCUCUGCUGGUUUCUCAAAACUUUUUUGUUAAAUUAAUAUGGUUGUAACUGUAAUUUAGAUGACUGUUGCGUAGGGGAGAAUGUUACCAAACAG